GUGGGGAAGUGCAUGAAUUGAUGAGCUUCUGUGAAUUUAUUGUGUUGCACUUGAAGUCAAUUAACUAAUGCCAGAGGAAUAUUUAAUAAUAAAAUCAAGUGGAAUAGCAAAUUUCAUCUGGCGUCUAACUUUGAUGGUUUUUAAUGGUUUUUCAGUCUCGUCAAAUAUUUGAAAAGAAUUCAAUGAUAUUGUUCAUUUGCUUCGAAGUCUCAUAAAGUGGUUCGUUCUUCUAAAAAAUACAAAAAUUUAAAGGAUUCUCAAGUAAUCGAUAGAUAUUCUCACACUGACUGGUGAAGUAAAAACUGACCACGCGAGUUAAAGAUAUGUCCCCAAAUAUUUGUCUAGCGCUAAAACCACUAAAUUGAAAGUGUCUGAAUAGAUCUUUUUUAAUGCUCAGAAUAUACUCAAGAGAAAACAAACAAAAAAUUAAAUGAUUUAAUUUCGCGAGACAUUUUUGUGUGAUUAGCGACUUUGUUACGGAAAAAAAGGAAAAGAAAAAUAAAUAAAUAAAAUUAACGAUCACCGAAACAGUGUUUGUAGUUCACCAGUUUUUUCUUGUGUGAUUUCUUUUUUUUUGUUUAAUAUUAGUUUAAUUGAUAAUCAAAAUAAGAGAUGGUGAAGUUUAUGUGGAUGGCCUGCAUUUUGGUGCUUAGUUUAGAAAUCACAAGCAGUUGGAAAUAUGACAGACUUCCGAGACUUUAUGGCGACAAGCUUCAGUUUCGAUUCAUUUCACCACGCAAUAGAAAAGUACAACGACGUCUGGUGAUGUUACACGAUUUCUUUAGGACAAAGGUUUCACCACCAGCUGCUAAUAUGUUAUCGAUGCGCUGGCAUCAAGGAGCUGCCAAGGCAGCACAGAAAUGGGCAAACAAAUGUCAACUCCUGACACACGACACUCCAAAAGGUCGUUGGAUACCUAAUUAUGGUGCUUGUGGUCAAAAUAUUUUCGUAUCAACACACAAAGUUCCGUGGCUGUUUGCACUUCGAACGUGGUUUUUGGAGCGCAAUAACUUUACAUAUGGAUCGCAUCGAAAUGAUUUAAAUGUCAUCGGACAUUACACGCAGAUGAUUUGGGCGUCAUCACAUAAAGUUGGGUGUGGAUUAGCGAAAUGUGCACGCGGUGGACCUCGAAAUAAGCCAUUCUUCAAUUAUGUUUGCAACUAUUGUCCGAUUGGCAAUCGCGUCGAACAAUUGGGAACUCCAUAUAAGAAAGGAAAGCCAUGUUCAAGCUGUCAACAUUCUUGUCACUCGAAAAAGAUUAGAUUGUGCUUGAAUUCCUGCAAUGCAGCUGAUCUUUGGGCAAAUUGUCGGGAACUUCAUAAAACAUGGCCUGGAUGGCUUUGUCAAACGAACACUACAGAAGGGAUACAAAGACGACGUAAUUGCCUAGCAACGUGCAAUUGUCAAGGAAAAAUUCACGAUUAAGUAAAUUAAAUUAACAAAAAUCAUCAUUUGUAUUGCUGACUUGGUCCAAGAAAAUAAAAGAAAAAUACGAUAG